AUGAAGGCUGCCAUGACCGAAGGAGAUGCGGUUAUCACUGCUUACCGUUGUCACGGAUGGACUUGGCUUUUGGGAGCCACAGUGACUGAGGUGCUCGCUGAGCUGACCGGAAGAAUCGCUGGAAAUGUUCAUGGAAAGGGAGGAUCCAUGCACAUGUACACCAAGAACUUCUACGGAGGAAACGGAAUUGUUGGAGCUCAACAGCCACUUGGAGCUGGAGUUGCUCUUGCCAUGAAAUACCGUGAACAGAAGAACGUCUGCGUCACUUUGUACGGAGACGGAGCCGCCAACCAGGGACAGCUCUUCGAGGCCACCAACAUGGCCAAACUCUGGGACCUCCCAGUGCUGUUCGUCUGCGAAAACAAUGGAUUCGGAAUGGGAACUGCUGUUGAGCGCUCUUCGGCGUCCACCGAGUACUACACUCGUGGAGACUACGUUCCCGGAAUCUGGGUCGAUGGAAUGGACAUUCUUGCCGUUCGCGAAGCCACCAAAUGGGCCAAGGAGUACUGUGACAGUGGCAAGGGACCACUUAUGAUGGAGAUGGCUACCUAUAGAUACCACGGACACUCGAUGUCGGAUCCAGGAACCAGCUACCGUACUCGUGACGAGAUUCAAGAGGUUCGCAAGACCAGAGAUCCAAUCACUGGGUUCAAGGAUCGUAUCAUCACAUCUUCGUUGGCCACCGAGGAAGAGCUCAAGGCGAUUGAUAAGGAGGUUCGCAAGGAGGUUGAUGAGGCACUCAAGAUUGCCACUUCUGAUGGUGUUCUUCCACCAGAAGCUCUCUUCACCGACAUUUAUCAUAAUACUCCAGCUCAAGAAAUCCGCGGAGCCACGAUCGACGAAACUAUCGUCCAGCCGUACAAGACUUCAGCCGACCUUCUGAAGGCUAUCGGAAGAGCAUAA